AUGGAAAAUAAAAUAAACGGAAGGAUGAGCACCAUCAGUACUUCCAUCGCCGAUUCUACCGAUACAAGAGUAAGUGACUUGAUUGAAGCUGAUUUCAUUAAUACGAAAUUACAGAACGAGUCACAGUCUCUAACUUGCCUGUCUUCCACCGUGCGUAAUUUUGGAAACGCCGGCGCACCAUUCCACGGUCUGAAUUCAAGCGGCGAAGGUGCAGUUUUCAAAGACUGUGUCACACUCGAUGGUUCACUUGCUGGGAAACAUUUUUAUGAUCGUAGCAGUGAAUAUCUGAAAUGUGACGGUGUGCCGUGGGAAGAUUUUUCAAAACUUCAGAGGACGAAUGUGGCCGAAAGUUUGCCAAAUGUCAGCCUCUCCUCAACAACCGGGGCGUGUAAGUUCAUCAAGGAUGAAAAGGAGCCUUCUGUGAUCAUGGACACCCGCUGUCCCAACUUUGUUCCAUCAUCAGAGAUACCUGCGCUCUGUGACACCGACAGGAAGCAGCAACUGGGGCUCAGCGACUUGGAGUCGAGUAGCUUUACACCUGCCGCGACGUGUCCCCGACCGGGACCGGAGGGAUCUCCAAACUUUCUGAUCGACCUGAACCAGUCAGAGCAGCUGCCGGCGCUCAACCACGUGAGGACUGACUCCAGGUACGCUUUGUCCGGGAAGGCUGUCAUCAACUUUGAUACCAACUUGCACGCAGCCCAGCAGGUGAUGAUGUACAAGAGCGAACUUCCCCGUUGGCAGGUGCAGACCUCUCCAGCUGAGCCCCAGUACUGGUCCCAGUGCGCAGGGGUGACCGAGGACCCGUUCACACACAGCAGCUACGAUGGGAUCCAGAGCCAGACCCUGAUUCAGAGGAACUCAUCACCUUUCUCCGCAUUCCCAGGUAUGCCACCUCAGAGACAGUGUGUGAUCUGCGGCGAUGAGGCAUCUGGAUGCCACUAUGGAGUCCUAACCUGUGGGAGCUGUAAAGUCUUUUUUAAAAGAGCCGUCGAAGGCCAUCAUAGCUAUCUCUGCGCCGGGCGAAAUGACUGCAUUGUGGACAAAAUUCGGAGGAAAAAUUGCCCCGCAUGUCGCCUCCGAAAGUGCUAUCAAGCUGGGAUGAUGCUUGGAGGCAGGAAGCUGAAGCGUUUUGGAGCCUUGAAAGCCUUGGGUUUGGCUCCGUCCCUGAUGUUCCAGUCCCACUUGGCCAUGUCCAGCGACAAUCAGGCCUUGACGACCAUGUCUUGCAUACCAGGCAUCCGCGAGGUGCACCUCUCCCAGACGAUCCUCAAUAUCCUGGAAAACAUUGAACCCGAGACCGUGUACUCUGGUUAUGACGCUUCCCAGGCUGAUGCCCCACAUAUUCUGCUCAGCAGCCUCAACAGGCUGUGUGAGAAACAGCUGCUGUGGAUCGUCAAGUGGUCCAAGUCUCUGCCAGGGUUUCGUAACCUUCACAUCAAUGAUCAGAUGACCCUGAUCCAGUACUCAUGGAUGAACCUGAUGGUGUUCUCUCUGGGCUGGCGCUCCUUCCAGAAUGUCACCAGUGAAUAUUUAUACUUUGCGCCUGAUCUGGUUCUCAGUCAGGAUCAAAUGAGGAGAUCUCCCAUUUACGACCUCUGCCUGGCAAUACAGUUCAUCCCUCAGGAGUUUGCCAAUCUCCAAGUUACCCGCGAGGAGUUUCUCUGCAUGAAAGCCAUAAUAUUACUCAACACAGUGCCUCUCGAGGGACUCAAAAGUCAGGCCGCAUUUGAAGAAAUGAGACAAAGCUACAUCCGGGAGCUGACCAAGGCUAUCCACAUGAAGGAGAAGGGCUUGGUGGCCAGCUCACAGCGAUUCUACCACCUCACCAAACUGAUGGACGCCAUGCAUGAUAUAGUGAAAAAGGUCAACCUGUUCUGUCUGAGCACCUUCAUCCAGGCAGACGCCAUGAAAGUGGAGUUUCCAGAGAUGAUGUCAGAGGUCAUUGCCUCCCAGCUUCCCAAGGUCCUGGCAGGCAUGGUGAGGCCCCUCAUAUUCCACGCCAAGUGAUGAUUUCAGCACGGACAUCACAAAUCUGCAGAGACAUCUUGUGACUAGAUCAUUCAGCCCACAAUUACUGGAUUCUUUAUAGCCUUCACGAUUAUAGUCAGUCAUCUUUACUUUCAAAUUGCCUCAAAUGCUUUUAAGCCCUUGUACUUUAUAAGGUGAAACAGAAGAACAUGUUCCUUAAAAAUGCAUUUUUUAGUACAAAUCUAUCUUGAGUCUC